UCUUCGAUGUCGGUGACGAUGAUCCAGCUCAAUUGCCUAUAAGUAGGCCAAACUUGCAAACGAAUCAAUCCGCCUUCCAACCACAUUCUGUUGUCAACUUCCACCAUACAUACACGACUCUAGGGUUAACGUUGACUUCCCGCCGCAUUUGUGACAGGAACGUUAUCUACACCCCAAGAUGAGCAGUAGACCAGCAAGGUCAUCUAGUAUCCCCGUUCCACCACGGGGUGGUAUGUCUACAUCCCCCGCUCGGAAUAUCGAGUCGGUCAUCUCCAUUCCCUUUGCACCUUCCCCACAGUCUCGCCCUCGUCUUGUGAACCAGGGAUGGCCGCAAAGAAGUCCUAUUGCAGGUAUCAGUAGUGUCCGGGGAUCUAGUUCUAUGGCUGUGGCGACUAGCCCUCCCACACGGUUGACCGCUCGAUCAUUCACACAGCCAAGCUCUACUCUCCUUUCGGGCACAGGAAGUACAUCAGCUCAUAUAUACUAUGAGCCGCGCAUAAUUAGAGUCGACACCGCUUGCCCGACCUCUUCACCUUCUCGUGCUCGUCGGUCCAGUGCAGCCGGUGUUAGGGCGCCCAGCGCUCAGAGACCAGCUAUGGCACACCCGGGUCCGUUGCCUAUCGACUCCGCACCCUUUCCUCGCCCAUCAUAUCUCGACCAUUCUGCGCUGCGACACCUUCUGCAGACAGACACUCCUUCUCAACUUACCUCGUCCCCGAAGCCUGACCCUAUGGUCGUUCGUACUGACUAUGGUGUAGGUAGGAGGAGGGUACAUAGGUCUCCCAGCUACGAUAGCGAUGAGGAAGACAUGAGCCCUCCUGGAGAUUUGCCCUCCAGGCAACAACAAGAGACCAAUCCUUUAAUAUCAUCUACCCUCUUGCGUCUCCCAACUAGAUGGUGUGAAGAAUACAGAAGUCCUCUGUUAAGCGUCUCCGCAGAUGGAAGGGAUCUUACCUAUCACGGAUCCCCAAGCAACUCGGAUAAAGAUGCCGCAGCUGCCCAUACGAUCUUCCCUAUCCCUCCUGCCUGCGGCAUAUACUACUAUGAGGUCGAGGUCACCAGUAAGACAAAUAGCAACAAGGGGCAUAUCAGUGUUGGUCUCGUGAGCCGCGACUUCAAACCGUCCCGCUUACCGGGGUGGGAGAAGAACUCGUGGGGAUAUCACGGUGAUGAUGGCUCGUCGUUUGCGGCUGAGAAGACGGGCACACCAUAUGGUCCUCAGUUUGGAGCCGGAGACGUCAUUGGCUGUGGUCUCGAUUUUAGCCAGAACCGCGCCUUCUACACCAAGAACGGUGCUUUGCUUGGCUCUGUUUUUGAUAACAUUGGCAAGGAUUGUGAUAUUUAUCCGGCUGUCGGGCUUUGCCAUCCCGGAGAGUCUGUGCGGGCCAACUUCGGCCAAGACCCAUUCAAGUUUGACAUCGAGCAUCACGUGCUUCAACAACGAAACGCGACAUGGACGCGCAUUCAGUCUGCGCCCUGGACGUGGCCAGUAGCUGACAGUGAUAAAUAUUUUACUUCAGCGUCGAUGUCCACCACAGACACUCGCGUGAAGUCCCAGAUCAAUGAUCUAGUUCUUGCAUACCUGUCACAUCACGGGUACGCACGUACGGCACGAGCGUUCGAAGCGCAGGGCUCCGCUCGAGGAGGAAUGUCGACGCUCAAAUCGUCAAGCAUCUUCACUUCGUCUUCCACGACCCUUGUUGCCGAACAUGAUCAGAUCAUGGAUAUGGAUGACGUCCCCCAAACACCUACUGCACCCACGGAUGACAUCGAGAUUCGUACCCGUAUUGUGCAUGCCGUGCUCGCAGGUGAUAUCGAUACCGCGCUUUCUGACACACAGACGCACUUCCCACGAGCGCUUGACGCGGACGCAGGACUUGUGCUCUUCAAACUACGGUGCCGUAAAUUUGUGGAGCUUGUGCUGGAGGCGGCAGAGCUGAAGAAGCGGAUGUGCGCAGAGGAGGCGGAGAUGAGUGUUGGAGAAGAUAAAGGCGCCUCAGAUGGGAUGGGGAUGGAUGUUGACGACGAGGCAGAUAUCUCCAGUACUGGAGCGACGAAUGGUUAUGGCAGCGGCAGCAGUGCCAUUCCGAUCAAAGGCAAGCGUAAGGCAUCGUUCGCCUCUUAUUCGCAUUCGAAUUUGUCAGGUGCGACUGCGGCCAAGUACGGGACCGCUCUCGAGCGUGCGGUUGCGUAUGGACAGGAGUUGCAGUCGGAGUACAAAGACCGCCCGGAGAUGCGCGCUAUUUUCAAGCGCACGAGCGUGAUCGUGGCUUUUGAGGAUCCGCUUGCGGCCGGUGGGGAUGCGGCGGAGGUGGCGGGGCAGGCAGCAAGAGCGAGUCUUGCGACGGAGGUGAACCAGGCAAUUCUGUUGUCGCAAGGGCGUCCUGCUCAUCCAGCCUUGGAGAGGAUAUACCGCCAGAGUGCAGCGUCCCUCACGCAACUUGCUCUCUUUGGUAACGGGGCUGCUGCUUUGGUGGACAUGCCCAGGGAGCUCCUGGAUGUAUGAUUAUACUCUGCCGACCAUUAUUUCGCUUUUCCAAAUAAUCUUUCUUGUUGCUAUUGUAGGUUACAUAUUUCGAAACUAGCUCAUGCAUAUCUCAAGUUGUAAUAUGUGUCAUUGGAAAUUGAAGUCCUCGUAGUUGCGUUCUUAACCAUGGA